AUGGCUGAAUCUACAGUAGUUCCACCACCCCUAUCACAAGGUACCGGGUAUGGAGUUGUAGUAGGUCUUGGUGCCGCCUUUGCCAUUGGCAUGGUGUUAGUGACCCGGUCUCUGAAGCGGACAUUUGGCGAAGACAAUGAGACCAUCGAGACAUUCAUGGUUGCAAACCGUAGCGUAGGUUCGGGCUUGACUGCUUCAGCGGUCAUAUCGUCCUGGCUAUUCAGUACUGCCCUUCUCGGAGCUCCCUAUCUUACCUACUGGUAUGGCAUUGCGCUCCCUGUUUGGUGGGCGAAUGGACAGAGCACUAUGAUUUGUGCUUUUGGCUGGCUGGCGAUCCAAGCCAAACGCAAAGUGCCCAACGCACACACAUUGCUCGAGUUAAUCCGUGCCCGCUACGGAACUAUGGCUCACAUCCUCUGGAUCGUGCUUUGCAUGAUCAACAAUAUGUUGAACUUCUCCUCCAUGAUCGUGGGAGCCUCUAGUGCUGUGUCAGCCUUGACAGGAAUGCAUAUCGUGGCGGCCUCGUUCCUACUGCCGUUGGGCGUCGUCAUCUACACGUACUUUGGAGGCAUCAGAGCUACGUUCCUGGCCGACUAUGUGCAUACCUUCAUUAUCAUGAUCAUACUGGUCUGGUUUACGAUAAAGGUUCUGGCCAUCAAGGAAAUCGGAUCGAUCGGAGCCUUGUACGACGCCGUCAAACCUUUGUCCGAACAUAAUCCCGUCGAAGGCAACUACAGAGGCUCGUAUUUAACAAUGACCAGCAAAGAGUCUGUCUUCUUUGGCAUUAUCCACAUCGUUACAAACUUCGCCAUCGUCUUCCUCGACACCGGCUUCUGGCAGAAAGGUUUUGCGGCUGAAGUGGCUGCUGCCGUCCCUGGCUAUAUAUUAGGUGGAAACGCCUACUUCGCCAUUCCCUUUGCAUUUGGAACUGUCAUGGGGCUUAGUGCGCUGGCACUGGAACAGACGCCGGCUUUCCCAACCUAUCCCAGAAGGAUGACAGACGCAGAGGUCUCCAGCGGCCUGGUGCUGCCCUACGUUUCCACUGCCAUCGCCGGCAAGUCAGGUGCCGUGGCCGUUCUCCUCAUCGUAUUUAUGGCUUGCACCAGCAUCGCAUCAGCCCAACUCAUCGCAAUGAGCAGUAUCUUCUCCUUCGACAUUUACGGCACCUACAUCAACAAGAAACCGACCAAUCGGCAACUGAUCAAAUGGUCACAUAUUAGUGUAGUGGGGUCUGCCUUACUCAUAUCGACGCUCGCAACAGCCUUUUAUGAGGGAGGUGUGGACUUGAAUUGGUUGUUAUACUUCUUGGGAAUUCUCAUCUGCCCUGGCUGUUUCCCUACGGCAUUUGCACUGGUCUGGAAGGGCCAGACUCGCGCAGCCGCUAUUACCGCCCCAAUCGCAGGCUUCGCAUCCGGUAUCUCGGUAUGGGUAGGAACAGCGCAUGCAUACUACGGGGGGGCAACAAUCAAAACGCUCGGCCAGACGCUCCCCUGCCUGUUUGGUAAUCUCACGUCCUUCUUGGUCCCGCUCCCUGUUACGUUGGUGAUUAGUUAUUUCUGGCCCAACCCGAGCUUCGAAUGGUCUGACCUGCUGUCCAUUAAACGAAUCGAGGAUGACGAACAUGGCCAAGUAGGGGCGAAGGCCUCGCAUUUUGAUGCCGAAGCCUACUUUACUCCAGAGAAGGUGCGCUACAUGAAACGUAUGUCGCGACUGGCGGUCUACUGGGGCAUAGCCACCUUUACGGGCCAGGUCGCCCUGUGGCCCUUGCCCAUGUACGGAGCUCGCUUUGUGUUUUCCAAAGGGCUUUUCACGGCUUGGAUCGUCGUCUCACUUAUUUGGCUUUGGAUUGCCAUGUCCAUCGCGAACUUCUACCCGCUUGUCGAUGGCGGGUUGAAAAAGAUCUGGCUCGUCAUGCGAGGUCAACAAGCUUCAGGCUACAACAGCGAAGGUGUCGCGUCUGAGAGCUUGGCGGACAGCGCUCCACCUACGGAAGAGCAUGUUCAGCUGUCGGUUGGCGAGAAGACUGGUUGUACGGAACUCGAAUUUCUACGUGACAGCAUUUCAAAUUUUCAAAAGCAUCAGUUGAGGUAG